AUGCGCGUCGCCGGGUGGGGAGCGGGCCUGCUCGCGUGUGCCGUCGCUGUGGCUGCGUCGAGCGAUGUCGAGCGCAAAAUUCGCCGCCAGGAAGCCCUGCUGAUGGCGCCGGGCAUUCGGGGUGCGCCGCAGAUCCACGCAAGCAUCACCGCGCACCUCGACGCGCUGCGUGCGUCGGUCGAGGCGCCGGGCGAGGCGCUCAUUGUGCAGAUGCCGGCGAGCACGCAGCCGCGCAAAUCCAAGGCGAACUACACUCAAAAGAGCGUUACGCAGCCGCUCGACCACUUUGAUGGGACGACAAACGUGACGUUUGAGCAGCGCUACUUCUUGUCCAUGCAGUGGUACGAGGAGGGCGCGUCGCUGCGCAACAAGACCGACGACGGCCGCGAGAUCGUGCCGGUGAUUGUGUACGAUGGCGGCGAGACGACGAUCGACGAGCGCCUCAACGUGCUCGAUCACGGCAUCGUCGAGAUCCUCGCCAAGGCAACAGGCGGCGUAGGGAUCGUGCUCGAGCAUCGCUACUACGGCACCUCGCACCCGAACCGCACCGAGCUGGGGCCGGGCACAGACUGGGGCGUCGACCAGCUCCGCUGGCUCGACACGCGCCAGUCGCUCGAGGACUCGGCCGCGUUCGUGCGCAAGCUCAAGCUACAGGGCGUGCCGGACGAUGCAGAGCUGCGCGUGAUCUACUACGGCGGCUCGUACGCGGGCGCGCGCGCUGCUUUCGUGCGCGAAAUGUACCCCAACGAGAUCCACGGCGCGAUUGCGAGCUCGGCUGUGGUCGCCGCGGUAGUGAAUCUGCCCGAGUACUUUUACGCCGUCGCACGCGGCGCCGAGCCGCAGUGCUCGCAGGCGCUGCAGACAGCCGUCGCGGCAAUCGACCGUAUCAUUACACCGCACCCUGCGCUCGGCUCGCACCAGAAGGAGGUGAACGAGACGCAGACGAAUGCACUCACGGCGCUCUUUGGCCUGCAGAACGUCUCAUCGCUGAACGACUUUGCAAACCUGCUCACGCUCCCCCUCGGUGCGUUCCAGACCCUGAGCUGGCUCCAGGACGGCAAGCCGACGGCGUGGAGCGAGUUCUGCGACACACUGUCGAACCAGACGGCGAUUGACCAGACGCGUUCUAAGUUCCACGAGGAGCUCGCGUUGCUUGGACCGCUGCCGCCAUCGGUGCUGGGCUACGCCAGCUACAUGCGGGACGAGGUCGGUGGCCACUGCCGCAAAGGCCACUGCAUGACACAGGACCCCGAGGCCUUCCGCAACGACCACGGCCGCCUGAGUACCAACAAGGCGUGGCAGUUCCAGAUCUGCAACGAGUAUGGCUACUACCAGGUGGCGCCGCCCGUGGCGAACGUGUCGCAUAUCCCCCCGAUCCCCUCUGGCCCCAAGAUUGUCUCGUGGCGCAUUGACGAGGACUUUAUGAGCAUCAACUGCCGCGAGGGCUUCACACCUGGCAAGCACUUUACGAUCCCUGCGCGGCCCGACGUGAGUGUCGUGAACCGCAUCGGCAACAUGGGCCUGCACCCCUCGCGCCUUGCGCUGAUCGACGGCCAGUACGACCCGUGGCGCCCCAUGACGCUGCACAGCGACGAGUACGCGUACGGCGGCAACCGCGACGACACGCUCGACCGGCCGUUUAAGCUGAUCCCCAACUGCUGGCACCACUGCGACUCGGACGGCCUCGCGGACCCGUCCAAGGAGCCGCCGCGGAUCCAGGAGAUCCACAAGGCGCAGAUUGCGUUUGUGCAGCACUGGCUGAAUGCGUAA